AUGCAAGAAAACAACACCGUUUCCGAAAACCAUUCUCCCCCUCCACCACCGCCACCGCCACUGCCGCAACAACAACAUAACCGCCGACCAAAAACCCGCGAAGUUAGCUCCAGAUUCAUGUCUCCCUCCAUCACCUCCAUUCAACGUCGGCAACAACGAGACGACUCCGACGACGAGAAUUCCGAGUCGUCGUUCCCGAUCGGAUACUCUUUCCAGAAGAAACUACAACAGCAACAACAAAGAUCCGUGAAGCUUUUCAAAGAAACAACAAACAGGGUUUUCGAUAAUAUUCCAAACCCUAGUUCCAGUUCUCAUCACCCUUCAAAACAACGGUGUGCCUCACCUUGUCCUUCUAGACCUGAUACUCCAAUCCAUACCAUGCCCGUCUCUUCAAGAUAUCGGCAAGCACCUCACCACCAACAUCAUAGGCCUAUCAAUGCCCGUUCUUCAGCUGCUGCAAAAUUGUUUCAAUCUAGUGGCACUUCAUCAUCCAGAAGUUCACGUGAUGAUAUUGAUAUUCAUUGCAGUACACAAUCUCUUCCUGAAUUGCGUUCUGAGACUGAAAGGAAUGUGUUGAUGCAGAAACCUAAUGUGCCUAGUGGAUCCGUGGCUGAGAAAUUUGGUAACAAUUUGUCUCGUUCGGUUAAUUUGUCGUCUUCUGGCAUUGAUCGGGUUAAGGUUGGAGGACUGCCACCAGUUGCUCCUCAUGCGAAGUCUGCAGCCGAUACAAGGAAAGGGAAGAAAGGUAGUCAGCAGGAUGAUGUGACUUCGCUCAAGUUGCUUCAUAAUCGGUAUCUGCAAUGGAGAUUCGCCAAUGCAAAAGCAGAACACGCAAUGAAAGUUCAGCAAAAGGAAUGCGAGAAAGCACUGUUAUCUCGUGCAAUGAAAAUAUCAGAAAUGCGUGAUUCUGUGAACAAGAAACGCAUAGAAUUGGAGCGUUUGCGGAGAUCACAGAUCCUAUCAAGAGUUCUUGAAGCUCAAACUCCAUAUCUGGAUGAGUGGUCUGCUAUGGAAGAAGACUAUUCUGUUUCCCUCACUGAAGCAAUUCAGGCUUUGUUGAAUGCCUCAACGCAACUUCCAACUGGUGGGAAUGUUCGGGUUGAUGUAAGAGAGGUGGGGGAGUCUCUGAAUUCAGCACUAAAGACAAUGGAAACAAUUAUUUCCAAUACCCAGAAAUUAAUGCCAAAGGCAGAAGAAAUAGAUACUUCUAUUUCAGAAUUAGCCAGAGUUGUUGGAGGAGAAAGAGCUCUUAUUGACGAGUGCGGAGGUGUAUUGUCAAAGACACAUAAGUCACAGGUGGAGGAGUGUAGCUUAAGGGCCCAGCUAAUUCAACUAAUUUCAAUCUCGCAUAAGCAUAAGAGUAAAGAAUAG